AUGAGUCAGGAACAACCACGAAGACCCCAGUACGACCAAGAUCCUGUCAAAUAUGGGGAUGUUUUCGACGUCCAUGGUGAACUGGCUUCCAAACCUAUUUUACCAAAAGAUGCAGCUACCAUGCAGGCUGCUGAGAACCAAGUCCUUGGAGAGACCCCAAGAGGUGGGCCUGCCUCAGUCAUGCAAUCUGCGGCAACAGUUAACGUGAGAACUGGUCUUGUUGAUCCUGAUGAACCCAGCGAUGUUGUCAGAAACCAGGGCAUGGUAGUGUCUGACAAAAGUUUUGGUGGUGAUCGUGUUAUCACCGAAACAAUUGGAGGGCAGGUUGUGGCCAAAUAUAUAGAACCAACAGUACCAAUGACGUCUCCUGGAUUAGCUCUUGACCGUGAUGCAAUGACAAUUGGUGAAGCUUUAGAAGCAACUGCUCGUUCGGCUGCUGGCGACAAGCCAGUUGAUCAAAGUGACGCAGCCGCAAUACAAGCUGCUGAGAUGAGAGCAACAGGUACGUAUGAGGUGCUGCCAGGAGGAGUAGCAGCACAAGCACAGUCAGCAGCAAACCGCAACCCCAGGGCUAAGGAUGAGAAAGACAAGAUCACACUCUCUGAUGUUCUUGGAGACGCUACAUCGAAGCUGCCAGCAGACAGAGUGGCUACGCGUGAAGACGCCGAAGGUGUGAUUGAAGCGGAGGUGAGAAACAAGCCUGACAUGUGCACCACGCGUGGUGGUGUGGCGGAUUCCGUGGCAGCAGCAGCAAGGCUUAAUCAAAAUCCAAUGAUCUGA